CCUCAGCUGAUUGUAGUCAUAGCUAAGUCUUAUUGCACAGCUUAUUACUUUCAGAUGUAACCAUGGUGGGGUCAUUUUGGGACAAGGUUAUGGCACACGACUUAAGUUCAACCAAUCUUAUAGUAUUCUCAACGGUGGUUGGAUUUGCUGUCUGUUACUAUGUAUUCCGCAGACGUAAUGCUUCCGACUCAUCCUCCAUAUCCCAAAGUGACCUCGACAAACUACUGCAACAAAGACAAUCAAACAUCAAUUCAGGAAACAUUCGCAGGAUCAGUGCCUCACAAGACGCGAACUUUGUGGAAAAAAUGAAACGCACUGGGAAGAAUAUAGUUUUCUUUUAUGGAUCUCAAACGGGAACAGCAGAAGAGUUCGCAACGCGUUUGGCCAAGUCAGCCCAGAAAUACGGUAUGAAGGGAUUUGCAUACGACACUGAAAACGUAGAAGACUGGGAUAUUUUGGCAGAUCUUCCUACUGAAGUGGAGAAAGGCUUCGCAGUUUUUUGCAUGGCUACGUACGGAGAAGGUGAACCAACAGAUAAUGCUAUGCAGUUCCACGCUUGGCUCAAGGACGCUGAUAUUUCUCUGCCAGAACUGAAGUACUGUGUUUUCGGUUUAGGCAAUCGAACCUACGAGCACUUCAAUUCAAUGGGAAAAUUCGUCGACAGUCAGUUGACCAAACUAGGAGCAGAUAGGCUAUGUGAAUUGGGACUAGGCGACGAUGAUCAAAACAUUGAAGAUGAUUUUGUGCAAUGGCAAGAGAAUAACUUUUGGCCAGCUGUGUGUAAGAGCUUCAAUAUCGAAUCAACUGGAGAAUUUACAUCUGUUAGGCAGUUUGCUCUAAAAGAGGUGCCUGACUCGAACAGAUUGUUUACUGGGGAACCACUAAGGUUUCAGUCUUAUGAGAGGCAGAGGCCUCCGUUUGAUUCCAAGAACCCUUUCUUGGCAAAUUUGAUCACAGAAAGAAAGCUAAACUUGGAUGAUGAAAGAUAUUUCAUGCACAUUGAACUAGAUAUGACGGGAUCGAAAUUAAGAUACGAGUCGGGAGAUCAUGUGGCAGUUUUGCCGGUGAAUCAAGAAAAUACUGUGAACAAAUUGGCAAAGGUUCUCGAAAUAGAGGAUCUAAACAAGGUGUUUAACUUGGAGAAUGUUGAUCCCGACGACUCGAAGAAAAGUCCUUUUCCCUGCCCAACCACAUACAGGGUUGCCUUUUCUCACUAUUUAGAUAUAUCAACGCACCCAACAACUCAUAUGUGCAGAGAGUUAGCUGAAUAUGCAACAAAUGAAGAGCAGAAAAAGUUUUUGAUGGAAUUGUCUAGUAGCUCUGUAGAAGGAAAAGAAAAGUACAAAGAGUGGAUCAAGACAGAAAACAGAACUAUAGUUGAAGUACUGGAAGAUCUGGACUCGGUUAAGAUUCCAGCUGACCAUCUCUGCGAGUUGUUGCCUCGACUACAAGUCAGGUACUACUCCAUAUCGUCUUCGUCUAGAAUGUACCCUAGUCACGUGCACAUUACAGCAGUAUUAGUAGAUUACAAAACUCCUAUUGGAAGAGAAGUUAAAGGAGUUUGCACACAGUAUCUUUUAGACAAGGCUGCCGAAAAGCAAUCAGAGGAAUCGCAGUUGGAUAAAGUUGCAUGUUUUAUUCGCAAAUCGCAGUUUCGCCUUCCGAUGAAAAGCUCAGUGCCCAUAAUCAUGAUCGGACCUGGAACUGGGUUCGCGCCUUUUAGAGGUUUCCUCCAAGAAAAACAGUGGCAGAAGGAACAAGGAAAGCCUUUGGGAGAAGUUGUGUUAUACUAUGGAUGUAGAAAAGAGGCGACGGAUUUUAUUUACAGAGACGAAGUAGAAUCAUGGGUGGAACAAGGUGUUAUUACGCAUCUGUGCACAGCAUUCAGUCGCGACCAGGAAUCCAAAGUAUAUGUGCAGAAUAGGCUGGCUCAAAACGGUGAAGCUACUUGGGAUUUGCUGAAGCGAGGUGCUCAUAUUUAUGUUUGCGGUGACGCUAAAAACAUGGCUCGAGAUGUUUAUGCUUGUCUCGAGAAUAUAAUUUCCACUCAUGGAGAAAUGAGUCUCGAACAGGCUACUCAAUACUUGAAGAACAUGUCAGUGAAAGGAAGGUACUCUGCCGACGUUUGGAGCUAAUCCUGUUACGAGAACAAGUUUUUGUUUGCCUUGGAUCGUUUGGACAGGGGUUAAUCGGUAGCUAAUAUCUGGAGCUUAUCUAAAUUCGGCAUAUCGUUGUGAUUGAUCCGACCACGUGAUUUAUAACAUAUUUAUGCCUCUCAAACUACUUUAUUUCCAUGAACUGAGUUUGAUAUGAUUUCAAAAGUUUUUGAUGGUCGGAAAAUCAGUCUUUUGGAAUCCGUAUUAUCUAGAUAUAGAUUUAGUCUAGGGCCUUUUUUCUUUUUUUUUACCCGCAAUUUUCAUUCUUAAUUUUUGCCCAUACUCCAAAUCAACUGAUAUUUUCAUUUUUUAAGCAACGUAACUCCAACAUACACUAGUAAAAUUGUUGUUUUCACAAAAAUCUACAUUUUUGUAAAGCGGGAGAAAAAAAAAGAAAAGGCAAUUUCAGUGUCAACUAUUGACCCUCAAAUUUUAAUGAAUUUAUUGAUCAAUCUCGCCUAGAAGUUGAUCUCGCCUUUCUAGUUUAUACAAACCAAGCAGUGAUAUAAUACAAAGCCAUUUUCUUAAUGAAUUCUGAAAGCUAGAUCUUGAGAUUGCUUUGCACUAAAUGUGUUAAUUUAGCGCUAAAGAAAAAAUCGCUCUGAUUGGUUUAAAUAUUAAUGAAUAAAUUUAUGAUUUAUGAAGAUCGGAUAACUUUCAUGUUCUUGUUUUUCAGAAAACUUGCAAAUUUUUUUAACGGAUUUUGCUUCUUUUUCUGGAGGUUUAAAUGCGGUUUUCAAUUUUCAGGGCUCCUGGAAUUGGAAUCCUAAAAUAAUCUAUUUUCUUUUUUUUUUUCGCAAAUGUUGAUUUAGUAAAAAUGACUUCGAUAAUAAACAUUUUAUUUUAAGGUUUUAAAAGAUUUUUAAAAUUGACUUUAAAUUUUAUUGGAUAACUUAAAACUUUAUUUUAACAAUUUUAUUAAAAAAAAGGCGAUAAUAAAAACUUCGAUGAUAAAAAGUUCUAUAAUUAAAAUUCGAAGAGCAGUAAUUUAAUCUAUAAAAUUUGAAAUUGAAAAAGUUUAGUUUUUUGAUCCUCGAGUUCUAUAACAUUUUUCAAUGACGACACUGUCAUCUAGUAUAAGUGUUGAAGAAAAGGCCGCAUGCUCCAAACUCGUGGUCGUGUUGUUUAGAGUAAAAAUAUCAAAUAUUGUGUACGAUCGUUUUGGUAGCUCAAUUUUUUUUAACCCUGUUAGCUUGUGAUUAGCAAGCUUUAUCAAUUCGGAACGUAGACUUUUUCAGAUCAAAACUUGUCUACAGUCUCACUGAAUCAAUUGAUAGCCUAAUUUUCAAGUACAGCGUCCGAUUUCACUUAGUUGCCGCAGAGAUAAAGUCACUGUUCUGGUUUUCAUAGUUCUCAGAUUUGAAUCGAGCUGAGACCUUAUUUUGCAAGCUGAAAAUGAUCUACUGUAAAAACUAAUGGGCAGGCUAUCAGUUGACCGACUGUUGUAUGUCGACUUAGUUAUCCCAGCAAGGUUUAUGUAUUCUAUUUACGAUAUUUUAAUCGUUUUGCUGUAAUAUUCUACUGAUGCUGAUAAAUUGUAUUUAAAAAAUGCUGAAUUGAAACUUGUAAAUAUAAGUCUGUCUUUUUUCGUAUAUGAUGUAGAAGGUUGCUUCUAGAGCUUAAAUUGAUAAAUGAUUUUCAAAGAUGAAUAGA